UGAGAGCAUACCGCUGCCAUCAGCCAUGGAUGCUGAGCAGGCUGCACAGGAGAUGCAUGUCCAAGCUGCUGUGGGAAUUCGACAGCUAGCAGGCUCCGUGAAGCAAGAGAGUUUCGUGGUGGUGAAUGAAGAUUCUAACCGUUUGAUAUUCAUUAAUAAGGCAAAGAAAGGGGUGCAGGAAGGCUGCUUCACCAUCAAUGGAGUCUUCAAUUUGGACACUGGUCAGGACAAGCUUUUCCUGGAACAGUUGCAACCUCUGCUGGCCAUGGUGUCUCUUGGCUACAGUGUAUCCUUGCUCAUGUGUGAUGCUCAUUACUGUGGAGUCCAGGCACAAAUCCAAGACUUAGUCCAGAAGGUAAUAGAAUCUGUGUUCCAAGAAUCCAGUUCUCCUUCAAAUAAUGCUCAGUUUUUGAAAACCAUCAGCUUUGUCCAGAUCUACUCAGAUGGACAAGCCCAAGACCUGCUUAGUCCCAAAAGCCAAGUCCUGCGGGUGAUGGACCUCCCCCCACUGGGGCUGGUUGUGGAAGAGGCAACUGAAAUCAUUGUGACUGAUUCACAAGCUGCCACCCACUUCUACCGCUGUGGAGUCUCAGCGUAUCAAAGGUGUUUCCAGCAACCUUUUCCAAAGCCACAAAGUGCCACAUGUGGCAUCCUCUUUACCAUCACCAUUGAAACAAAAGUGGCAGAGGGUCAGGGGCUUCAGCGUGCUACUGUCCGGAUCUUUGAGUUCCUUGGAGCAAAUGAGCAGCCCUGCACUGAUCCCUUUUUGCCUCUUUCUUGGGCUUUAUCUGCUGUGCCCCUUCCUCCUGAAGCAGGGUUUCUCCCCUGGAUCCUGAAGCGACUGCUGGAAGACAACACCCUUACAUUUUUGCUGUUAUGCCUGACCCUGCCAGAUGCUUCUGGAGAAGAGAUACUGUCUGCCAUCUCACUGACUGAACAAGUGAGAACUGUAACAAAAAGAGUUGCACCAACCCACUGGGACCCCACUCAAGAGGCUCAGAAACGAAGAGCAGCAAUAGGGGAGCUGAGAGCCCAGCUCUUCCUCAGUGAUCAGGCAGAGCAGGGCAGGAUAAUCAUUCAGUUGGAGAAGGUGAUAAAGGAGCUACAGGUUCUGAAGAGUCAAAAUUGGGAGAAAAAGGAGAAAUCAGCUGAUGAAAUAAAGGAAGGGGACACUUUCCUUGCAGCCAGGGUCCAGAUCUCAUCAGAUAUAUAUGACAGGGAAAAAUUUGGGAACCAUCCGAAAAGCCAGCAGAAACAAAAUGAUCUACAUCAACAGAAAGAGAUAAAAGAUGGUAGGAUUCGAAAUAUCCAGUUUGGCCAAGUUGGUGGCCAGGAAGAAGCUACAAAAGAUCAUCAUUUCACCAAAGAAGCCUAUAACCAUAGAGAUCUGAUCCUGGAUGGGACAACCCACGCACAGAGCCCUAACUGGGCUGGUGAGCAGCACCAAGGUAUUAAGGAGAGGUUCUCUCUAGCCAAAGUCAAGAGGCAGCAUCUCCAAAAACAACACAAACUCCUGAUCCAGCAGGAGAUUUUGAGAGUGGAAAAGGAGCUGGAAGGCCAAGAGAAGAUUUCCCCAGCCCAGCAAGAACCUCUACUCUGGCAGAAGGAAAAGCCCUUGUUCACUUUGUGUAUGGAUACACUGCAAAGAGAACAGGCAGAAGCAGAAAAAGAUCUGGAGGAGCUGUACCAGGAAUGCCAACAUGAAAUUCAAACUCAGAAGCAGCACUUCUUGCAGGUGUUCCAAGCAUUUAAGAGACAUGCUGAAGAGCAGAUGGAUGCCCUUGAAAGGCAAUAUCGAAAACUGCUGAAGGAAUCCCUCAGGGAUGCCAUCAUCCUUUCCGCUCAUAACCAGCAACUGCAAGCUGAGAAGCAACUUGCUUUCAGAGAGACAGCAACCCAAACUGAUUUCCAAACCCUAAAGCAGAAGGACAAGAGCCAUUCCACAACCUAAGAUCUUGCGUUUGUGCUAUUAUUUUAUCUGAUUUUAAAAAAUAAUUCAGCACCUAAGCCCUAUU